UUUCCAAACGAGUCUCCGCUCGAAUCAGCCAUUUUCGCAGUCCGUCGUACUCACUCGCCGCCCUUCGCCCUUCGCCCUUCGCUUCGCGGCUCUGCGCUCUUUCCCACGGUCGGUUCGGGCGAUUUCUCCCUUUGGAAUCUCGCCGCUGCACUGCCCGGUCGGUUUGUUUGUUCGAUCUCUGUGGGGGGCGGGGGCGAACUCAUCUAGCAUGGCUGCGAAAACCGUCGCCAAGGACAUCAUCACGCUGCGCGGCUCCGCGGCCAUCGUCAGCGAGUUCUUCGGUUAUGCUGCAAACAGUAUUCUAUACAAUCGCGGGGUGUAUCCGGAGGAGAGUUUCGCGAAGGUGAAGAAGUACGGGCUUCCGAUGCUGCUUACUCAGGAUGAAGGUGUCAAAUCCUUCAUUGCCAACUUAAAUGCUCAGCUUUCGGAAUGGUUGGAAGCUGGCAAAUUGCAAAGGGUUGUUCUUGUUAUAAUGAGCAAGGCCACUGGUGAGGUGUUAGAGAGGUGGAACUUCAGCAUCGAGACUGAUGACGAGGUCGUCGAGAAGGGAGUCUCGAGAGAAAAGAGCGACAAAGAGAUCAUGAGGGAGAUUCAAGCAAUUAUGCGACAGAUUGCUUCGAGCAUCACUUACUUGCCAUGCCUUGAUGAACCCUGUGUAUUCGAUGUGUUAGCAUACACUGAUAAGGACGUGGCGGUUCCGUUCACGUGGAUUGAGAGCGACCCUAAGUUGAUUGCCAAUCCACAGAUGGUUAAGUUGCAUUCUUUUGACACAAAGAUACACAAGGUGGACACGCUUGUAUCAUACAAGAACGAUGAAUGGGAUGAGGAGUAAUUUCCCUUGCGUCUUAAACGGGAUAUUGUGAAUCUUUUAUUCACAUUUUGUACGAUUUGAAUGGAAUGACCCCGAGAAACAAUGUCCUAAGUUCCUGUUACGAAUCUACCAAUUCUGUAAUUUUUGUUAAUGCACCCCGAAAAAUAUGGCAAUUG